CGCUUAAACUAUUCGUUAACGUUCGGUGACGCAGCAUGAUGAAAACGCUUUUUUGUUCUACUUUUUUUUCCAGUGAGCGAGUAGUGAUUUAAAUUUGACAGAUGACAGCGAUUCAAAAAAGAACAUCAACAAAAAACAAAAAGAAAUUAAAUUGAAGGAAUAAGUCUUUAUCUGCAGUUGGGCAAUAAACAAAAUAUGGCUAGCAUACUGAAGCACCUAAAAGUAUUAAAUGAAAAGCAACUUUAUCCAGACAUUAUACAAGUAUGUAAAUUGGCAUUGACAGCAAGCGACCAAAAACCAAACUAUUUCACAAUAGCCGGAAAAUUUCAAGUCAACCUCUACUACGCGGACUCUCUGUAUCAUAUGAAAGAAUACGCACAAGCCGAAAGCAUUUAUAGGCAGGCCCUACAAAUGAGAAAAACCAUCAAAUCCAAAAACUCCUCUACAAAACUAAUCACGGAAACCCUUGAAAUUGUAAGCGAAACUGAUAUAAAAUACCAAAUAUACUUGUGCUGUAAAGCUUUAUGGAAGCGAAAAGAAGCUGCUGAUAUUUUACAAAGCGUCAAUGCCAGACAGAGAACACCAAAAAUUAAUAUGGCUUUGGGGAAUAUGUUUAAGUUAAUUGGAAUGGACCGAUCUGCGAUUACUUGUUUUAAGGAAGUUUUGAGAGAGUGUCCUUUGGCGAUGGAAGCUAUGAAAUGUUUACUACAAUUAGGUGUUAGCGGUAUUGAAGUAAACUCCUUAGUUAAUGAAGUUUCUGCAGAAAUACCUUGGCUAAGUACAUGGAUUAAAGCAGAAGCUCAACUACACUCUAGAGAUUACGCAAAGGCUUUACAAACUUACAAAACUCUGGAUACUCACGGAUUACUCAAAGACGAUACAAGUUUAACAGUUAACAUGGCUUAUUGUUAUCAUUAUAUGGGCGAAGACCCUAAAGCUAUAUCCUUAUUACAAAAAGCCAUUAGAAUGGACCCUAGUUCUGAUUUAGGCCAUGAUUUUCUGUCAAGCCUCUUGACAUCUUCCAGCAACAAAGAACAUCAAACUAUUUUAGAAAGACUAAUUCCCGAUAUAAAUAAAUCGCUAUGGACUGUCAAACAUUGGGUGAUACUAGGAAAUUUAAUGCUACACCAAAAACAAUUCGACAAAGCUGUCUAUUUUGGCCAACAAGCUGCUCUACUCGAUACCGAAAACAAUCCUGAGGUAUUGUUGUUGCUAGCCAACGCUUUAUUUCAUUUGAAAAAGUAUCAAGAAGCUGCUUUACGUUGUACGUCCGCUUUGGAGAUGUAUCCAUAUCGGCACGAUUUUCAUAAAUGCCUGGUUGAGUGUUAUUUGAACACGAAUAGACUCAGAGAAGCCGAAGCGAUGGCGUUGAAUGCUUGCAAGGAACUUAAUUUCACUGCCCAAGCUUGUUGCCUCCAUGCAUCAUGCCUUCUAUCAGAUCCGAUGGGUUCCGUGAAAAACCACCGCCAAAUACGUCGCUUACUGGAACGUGCAAUCGUUCAAGACAAAAAUGGUCACACUAACGCCAUUUACAUGCUGGCCGAACUCCUAAUCAGAGAGCUACAGUACAAAGAAGUGUCUCAAAUGCUAAUGAAAACCUUAGAAACCCAGAAACCCACGUCGAGAAUCCACCAGCUUCUAGGCGAAUGCUUCAUCAAUUUACAAAAAGACGAAGAAGCUUUCACUCAUUAUACGAUAGCCUUGAGGCUUGAUCCGCAAAAUCAACGGGCAACAGAAGGGCUGAAUAGUAUUGGCACUAAACGAGAUCAUUAUUAUUCGUGUAACGAUUCGUCGUAUAAUUCCAGGAGGACCUUGGAUCAGGAACCUGAGCUUGAGGGUGAAAGCGAUUCGGAAUUGUGGCCGGGGCCUAGUGAUAUGGCCAAUUUUAGUGGAUAAAAAUAUGUAAAUUUAUUCUAAGAAUCAUGUUUUAAAUUAAAUAAUUUGUCGAUACUUAUAAGGCAAUUGUAAUUACCAUUAUACAUCUUUGAAUAAUUAAUAAAUAGCGUCCUACAUACAUAAAUGUUGCCUUGAUAUUGUUAAAUGAAUCAAGGUUUGUUUAUUAUUGUAAUAUAUAUUUACCUGAA